AUGUUACGGAGUUUGCGAUGCCGCAUAGUUUCCCCUCCCUUUCUUGCGGGAAUAUGGGGGGGUCAGUCCAUGGCAGGCUUCCAGUGUGUUCGUCAUUGUUUGUUUCCUGUCGAUUUGAGCAUGAGGGAGUGGAAAUGGAAUUUUCUACCAAUGGUUUUAUCCACCUUUUUCGCCUUUUUUUGCGCCUCACUUGGUUUGUCUCGCACUGUCUCGCAUGGAGUGUACCGAUAG